GAUCGUGACGUGGUGGCCUUCGAGCGAUCGGGACGAUCGAUCGACCGGACAAUCUGGUCUCUUCUUGCGAGAUCCGAAAAUGACAACAAGUUGGCCGAUGGUGAUGGAACGUUUCGUACGAGGCGUGUGUCCGCCGUCGUUGCGAGGAUGACGAGGACGUGGACGGUAUGCGGCUUCACGGGGCUCCUCGUCCUCGUACCCGUUACCGUCUGCGCGACGAUCACCUACGUCAACGGCAACGAGGAUUCGUCUUUGCGAUGCAACGAUCGCAGUAACGCUAAUCACAGCAAUAAAACCUUCUCGCAGUGUAAAUACGACGUCGACUGUAUUCCAAAUGCCUUUUGUCGAAAUCAGCAGACCUGCUCAUGCAAGGACAAUCACAUCGAGUUCAGGAUUAACAAUAACUACAAAUGUCUGAGAGUGGCCAGUCACAUCGGCGAUCCCUGUGAAGAGGACAUCCAGUGUGAGUUCACAUUUACACCACAAUCGGAAUGUCGAGAAGGCACUUGUCAAUGCGCCCACGAUUCUCACUUCACGGACGGGAGGUGUUACGAGUCUAUCGGUUUGGGAAAACGUUGUCGCUCAAACCGCAAUUGUCACAUCAAGAAUACUUUUUGCGAAUACGGUUUCUGCUCUUGCGGUUUGCAUCAUCAUGCGAAUCCUGACAAUACCAGCUGUUUACUGAGUGCUAAGUUGGGCGAGCACUGCAACAGCGAUGACGAAUGCUUUGUGCAGAAUUCGAAGUGUGUGCACAACAGAUGCGAUUGCGAAAUGGAUUAUGUGCUGGCCAAGGGCGAUCAGCGGUGUUUGAAAGCCGCUUCCUGGAUUGGUGAGCAGUGCGAGCAGCAAUCUCAGUGCCAACUGUUCUUGAAGCAUAGCCAAUGCGGCGUGAACAAGACGUGUGACUGCGUCGCUGGUUCCCAUAGACGCGGUCAUCGAUGUUUCGUCGACGUAGAACUUGGCGGGCGUUGUGAAACUCACCAUCACUGCAUCACGACAACUUUGAAAGAUUCCAAUUCGACUUUGAAAUCAAAAGUGGAUUGUAUUAACGGCUUCUGCACUUGUACCGAAGGCUAUACAUUGAUGGAGGAGCUGCAGGAUUGUGUUCAAUUUAGUGAUAAUGGUGCAACGAGAUGUCAAAUAUAUAAAAUACUUUCGAUCAUCGUUAUUGUAAGAUUUCUUGUGCAUUAAAGAUGAUGGAUAACAAUAUUUCAUAUUUAGCAU